AUGUCUUCUGUUAAAAGCCCUUCGCACGGGCUUAAAAAUGAUGAGAUUCGGGGUCAAGCCUCUGAAAUCUUAGGCAGGCACAAUCUUGAGAAACAACUGGCUCAAAGCAAUUUCAAAAGCAAUGACGCACUCAAUCAAGUUGAGGACCUAGAAACUAUGGAACUUUAUUCACGAGCAAGGAGGCAAGAAGAAGAGAUCCUCUCCCUCCGUGAACAGAUUGCAGCUUCCUGUUUGACGGAGUUACAGCUUUUGAAUGAGAAAUGCAAACUAGAGAGAGAAUUUUCGGAAUUAAGAAUGGCAAUUGAUGACAAGCAAAAUGAAGCCAUCACAUCUGCCUCUAAUGAUCUGGCUCGAAGGAAAGGUUAUCUAGAAGAAAAUUUAAAACUUGCCCAUGAUUUGAAAGUUGCGGAGGACGAGAGAUAUGUCUUUAUGUCAUCUAUGCUUGGAUUGCUGGCAGAAUAUGGUCUGUGGCCUCGUGUUAUGAAUGCCUCUUCAGUAUCCAACUAUGUAAAGCAUUUACAUGAUCGAUUACAAUGGAGGAUUCGGAAUUCGCAUGAUAGAAUUGGAGAGAUAACUUCUGGGCUAGAUAACCAUGCAGAUAAUGGUAAUCAUAUUGUUGAAAGUCCGGGUUCUGCACAUUUGACGAAUCAUACUCAUAAUGAAUUCAUGUUUCAGCAUAACUUUCCCCAGCAAAAUCAAAUUGACAAUGAACAAAAUCAACCAAUGAGCAAUAUGACAGGAUAUGUAAACCCAGAUGUAAAAGGAGCAUUCAAAAGGGUCAACUAUCAGGAUAUUUCUCAUGCUGAUAGGGACCUAUCUUCUUUCCGACAUGGUUCUAUUGAUCAAAUUGGUAGACAAGAGAGAACUAGUGACAGAACAUUUGUAAAUGGCAAUAGCAACAUGUAUCAACCUUCACAUGAGCAUGACGAGACUGCUUCCUCUGUCUCUGAGGAUGGCCCUGGCAUUGAGAAUUUUCAAAUUUGUGGUGAUGCUAUUCCUGGAGAAAAACUUCUUGGAUGUGGAUAUCCAGUCCGUCGAACUUCUCUUUGUAUGUUUCAGUGGGUUCGGCAUCUUCAGGAUGGCACUAGGCAGUACAUUGAAGGAGCCACAAAUCCAGAGUAUGUAGUUACAGCUGAUGAUGUUGAUAAAUUGAUAGCGGUUGAGUGUAUUCCAAUGGAUGAUAAAGGCCGUCAGGGAGAGAUAGUGAGACUUUUUGCUAAUGACCAAAACAAAAUAACAUGCGACCCGGAAAUGCAGCAUGAGAUUGACACAUUCCUGUCUAAAGGAGAAGCAAUCUUCAGUGUUCUACUUCUGAUGGAUUCUUCUGAAAAUUGGGAACAAGCAACUCUAUUCUUAAGACGAUCAGGAUACCAAAUUAAGAUAAAUGGUACUGAAGCUCCAGUAGUUGCUGAGAAAUUCUCAAAGGACUUAUCGAUUAAAGUUCCGUGUGGUCUCUCAAAACAAUUUGUGUUAACAUGCUCGGACGGAUCUUCUCAUCCUCUAAGCACAUUUAAUGCCCGAAUGCGAGACACGCUUGUGUUAACCAUGCGAAUCUUCCAGAGUAAGGUAUUGGAUGACAAAAGGAAAGGAAGAGCAUGA